AUGACGCCAACCAAGGCUCAAGACACUCCCAGCAAGCUAGAAUCAAUCUGUGUCGGCAACAGGAUUGUUCACUUCAAGGUCUCCAAUAUAGAACGACGCUUCAGUGUCCACGAAGAUCGUAUAUGCAAGACCUCAAAAUUAUUCAAAGACCGUCUCCAAAAACGUCGCAAACGCAUGUUCCCAACCGACGAAUGCUGCAUCUGCACCGAUACUCUUGAUCCCAUCGUCAAAGAUAUUUCCUUCUGCACCAACUGUGGCCAAAAUUUCCAUGAAUCAUGUAUGGAGACCUGGAAGAAUUAUAGAAGAACCCCUAGGAGAAAGAAUUCCCCAGCAAACUGUCCAACGUGCCGCGCCAGCUGGAAGACAGACUCGCCCUUGUCCAAUCUGAAUGUAGAGACUGAACUCGAUGCCGAAGCUGUGCAAAUUUACAUGGACUGGGUAUACACAUCUGACUUAGAGACUCCGGCAGUGAUUUCGCUGGAGACUGACGCUUUCACCCUCAUCACGCUCAAACUCUGGGCUGCUGCCAAUGCCUUCCAAGACCGUAGGUUCAAGUUACAUGUCCGAAAUCUAUUAUUCCUUCGACCUGACGCAUUCCUUCGAAUGGAAAGUGUAAACUUGGCUUCUGUGGAUCGGGAAUCCUACGACGAGAUUCGGGAGUUCUUAAGGCGAUGGGCCCAAAUGAUCAAAAGAGAAAGCCUGUAA